UGCCUUGUUAUUUUUGUUGUAAGCUAUUGCCUAUCUACCUUCGUGCCUGUUAUUAUUGUAGUGAGGUAUUGCCUAUCUAUCUUCGUGCCUUGUUAUUGUUGUUGUGAGGUAUUGCCUAUCUACCUUCGUGCCUGUUAUUAUUGUAGUGAGGUAUUGCCUAUCUACCUUCUGAGGUAUUGCCUAUCUACCUUCGUGCCUGUUAUUAUUGUAGUGAGGUAUUGCCUAUCUACCUUCGUGCCUUGUUAUUUUUGUUGUGAGGUAUCGCCUAUCUACCUUCGUGCCUGUUGUAUUACCUAUCUACCUUCGUGCCUUGUUAUUUUUGUUGUGAGGUAUUACCUAUCUACCUUCGUGCCUUGUUAUUAUUGUUGUGAGGUAUUACCUAUCUACCUUCGUGCCUUGUUAUUUUUGUUGUGA